UUUUUUACACAGAGAGCAAGGGAAACACUCAUAUUCUGCAACCACUGUCUCUCUCUCUCACUCUACUUUCUCUGAUUGAAUGGCAUCAACGUGUCUUUCUUUCUUCUGUUCAUCAAAUUCUACUUUGAAUUCUUGUUCAUUGUUCAAUUCAUCAUCAUCUAUUCGAUUCAAUUCGGUAAAGAAGAAUUCAAGAAUUAGAGUUUCAUUAAGCAGUAGAGUUGGUCCAGUUGUAUUCAAAGAUCUCGAUGCAGAUGAUAUUCGGCACCCCCUCGAUAAACAAAAUACUUUGAUAUUGAAGGCAAUUCCUGGUUUAAAUGAAAUCGUCAAGGCCCUUGUAGGAACUGUGGCCGAGCAAGUCAUGAUUCUUGAGAAUAUAGGAACAUCAGUUCUUGUUGCUGAAAACCAGCUUUCGGAUCUUCAUAAAUUAAUGGUUGAGGCUGCCGAGGUACUGAACAUUGAGUCCCCUGAUCUCUAUGUUCGCCAAAAUCCUGUACCAAAUGCAUAUACUUUAGCUGUCAGUGGCAGAAAGCCGUUCGUUGUAGUCCAUACCAGUCUUGUAGAGCUUCUCACACGAAGGGAGCUGCAGGCAGUUUUAGCUCAUGAGCUGGGUCAUUUGAAAUGCGACCAUGGUGUUUGGCUAACACUGGCGAAUAUUCUUACCCUUGGAGCAUACAGUGUUCCUGGUUUUGGUGGAAUUAUUGCCCAGAGGUUGGAAGAACAGCUCUUCCGCUGGCUCCGAGCUGCAGAGCUUACUUGUGAUCGUGCAGCCCUUGUUGUUGCUCAAGACCCCAAGGUGGUCGUCUCUGUUUUGAUGAAAUUAGCAGGAGGAUGUCCGUCUUUGUCUGAUCAACUCAAUGUCGAUGCAUUUUUAGAGCAAGCUCGGUCUUAUGACAAGGCUUCUUCAAGCCCAUUCGGGUGGUAUAUAAGGAAUGCUCAAACAUCACAGUUAUCACACCCUUUGCCUGUUCUACGUGCUCGUGAGAUUGAUGAAUGGUCGAAAAGUCAAGAGUAUAAAUCCCUAUUAAGCCGUGCAAGACGGAUAAGUUCUGCACAAAAAGUGUAAACAAACAUAUAUAGCAAUACACGGAAGUUGGUUUGCAGCUUGAUAUGGUAAAGGUAAGCUUUCUAUGGUUGCACCCGCGAAAACAAAUUUGCUUAAAAAAUAUAACCGCAUAGUGUUGCUGGUGGUUGCAUGAGGCGAGACCUCAAUUUUUUUCAUAUGUUUUGUGUUAAUGGGGCCGAAUUCGCAGCUAUCUAGUGAACAUCCAAUAUAUUGAUGUUGGUUUCUAUGACAGUGGAAAAGGGAGAAACGCAGGAGAUUCUCCUCUAGGCUCAAAUUACUGUAGAUACAAUACAAAUACUUCAACACAACUGUCAAGUUUCAAGUAUAAAUGAUUGGUAAAGCAGGGAUACUGUUGUACAGAUCCAAUCCAAACUCUUCUACACAUAUCUGACGAUGCAUACUUUUUCAUUUUGUGAAAAAUUAUAUGCGUAGUAUUUUCUCUUUCUUA